AUGGCGUCUUCUAAGAUGGGAUUGGAUCCCCGGGGUUUGGGAGAGAAGCCUGCAUCCUCUGGCACGUCGUUUGACUUGCCCUCGGUGGAUGAAGUGCUAGCCAGGCUUCCAGGCAUCCCCACCUCGCUGCCUUUAAGAGGCUCAGAAAGUCUAGAUCCAUCGAAGCAAACUGCGAUGCUUUCAUCCAUUCAAGAUGGAUUAUCAGCGGAGCCGAGCUCCCUGGAGGAUAUACCGAAUCUCCUCAAUCAACUGUGGGCAUGUGGCUCGGAUCUUCUGGUUCAAGCGGCCGAAGUCCUAGCCAACAAAAGUCGAGAGCCUUUAUGGAGAGCUUCGAUUGGACAGUCGGGGAUCCUCAAGUUUUUCUUGGAUGUGAUAUCCAAUGAGAACCGCAAAGUUGUCGUGGAAGGCAACUACACGUUGGCUAUUCUCCGCCAUUUCGUGAACCCGGAAUUGAUUCAGGUCGCCAUUCCAGUGAUCUACAACAUCUGCAUGGAUUUUGGUGAGACUUCGAACAACCUAUUAUCCUUUCUUCUCAACUCAUUACUGACGGCUUGGAAAGAGCCUGCGCAUGCUCAAAUAGCAGAAAAUCAAACUGCUUAUAUCCUGUCGAAGCUUCUCAGGGAUGGCUUUCUUGACGAAUACGCAUCCCUUCUGGGCUUCUCAUGCGAUUUGAUUGAGCUAGCAUCCGAGCAAGCACAAGCUGUCGAGAAUUCUCCGGAUGGCAUCACAUGUCUCUUGAUAGAGAAUGCCUCGAAUCCCAAUUUGGAAUUCGAGCAUUUCUCUCCGCUGGCGAAUUGUCUUGCUACGUACUUGGAGAAAGAAAAAUUCCAGAGAGUCUGCAUAUCACAUCAUCUGGUUGAUAAAGUUUUGAAAAUCCUUCAGGGGUCAUUCACCAUCGAGGUCGACCUCUCUUCCAAAGAAGAUGUUCAGGCUAUAACUCAGCUCCGCCUGAAGAUCAACCAAGCUCUUGCGGAAACCUCAGCGUCUCCUCUCUUUUCCGAAGAGUAUCCCCUUGACUCACCUCUCUGCCAAAAGCUCAAGACCUGGGUCGUCGCCGAUGAGGACCAGCUUCAAAUUUGCGGUUGUGUAAUGCUUGGUAACCUCGCUCGGUCCGAUGAGGUCUGCCAGGUGAUGGUACAGGAUCUCAAGAUACAUGAAGAGCUGAUUGCUGUGCUCAAGGGAAACUCACGGGGCGCAGUUCUGCAUGCCUCCCUAGGUUUCUUGAAAAAUCUUGCUAUUGCUGGCGAUAACCGGACGAAGCUGGUAGAGGCGGGCAUCUUCGCCAUAUCACGCCUGUGGGAGUUCGAAACUGUUCCCCAGGUCCAAUUUGCCGCAGCAAGUAUAGCACGCCAGAUCAUCAUUUCAUCAGUGGACAACAUUUCGCAACUGCUCGCCCCAUCGGAAGGAUCCGAUGAGCAGACAUAUCUAUCUUUACUCUUGGCCCUUUUCGAAAAAUCAGACUCCGCACCGAUUAAGACCGAAAUUGGCCGCACGAUUGCCUCUAUCUGUCGAACAGCUAUACCAAAGGCUCGGGAGGGCAAUCCCAAGGCAGUUACAUCACUGGACAGGUUAUUCAGCUUGCACCCGAGAGUCGCCCGUCCAGUGGGGGCAAUGAUUACUCAAACGCAGUGGCCUGUUGUACGAAGUGAGGGCUGGUUUGCACUUGCCUUGAUGGCGAAUACUCCAGCCGGCUGCGCUGCUGUCGUGAACGUAUUUGACGAUGAGAAUACGAGGAAGCUUCUUGAGGAAACACUGAGCGGAUAUGCCCCAGCCACCGAAGAGACCGAAGCGAAAGACCUUUCCCAAAUGGAGAAAGACCAAGAUAAUGCUUUUGUUCUUGUACAGGAGCUGUUGAAGAACGAGCCCGGAUCACUCCCCGCGAACUAUCGAGAGACGCUGGAAAGAAUGGCAAAGGGAUACGCUUCUCGACUGCAGAAUAUUCAGAAUACUUAG